AUGAACAAGACGCUAAAUGCUUUAGCAUUUGAAAACAUUUUUGAAAGUGCUAUUAAUCAAAUGUCAGCUGAUGAACAAACAUGGGAAUUUGCUAAUUAUUUCGUAAGCCAAUAUGGAAAUUGUGUUCAAUCAUCGGCAUACUGCCAUCGAAUUCAUGCAGGAGUUAAUACGAAUAUGCAUAUAGAACGAAUGCAUCGUACACUAAAGCAUAUUUACUUACAGGGAAAAAAGGUAAAGCGCCUUGACAAGUCUUUAUAUGCUUUGAUGAAGUUUAUUCGAGAUCGUUCUAUAGAUAGAUUAAUUGUGAUCCAUAAAAGAAAAAUCACAUUGAAAAUAAAAGAACUGCGUAAAAGGCACAAAAACAGUCUAGAAAUGUCACACGAAAUGGUUAUGAAAGCAACAGAAGAUAGUUGGGACAUCAUAUCCGAAAAAUAUAGUGAAAUGUAUACAGUGAACAGACUUAAAACUUCCUGUGAUUGUGAAAUACAAUGCAAAGACUGUCUUUCUUGCAUUCAUUGUUAUACAUGCUCUUGUAUAGAUAGUGCAAUUAAGUGGAAUAUGUUCAAACAUAUUCAUCUAGUUUGCCAAUUUCAAUAUAGUAUAAGAAAUCAAGAAAAUAUUUUAAUGUUAACAAACUGUUUAGUUGUGAACAACAACUUAAACAACAUGCCUAACACAGACGGUGAGCAUAACAACGAAACUUCCAAUAUUUUAAGUCAAUUAAAUAACUCAGCCAUUACAAGCCAGCUAUCAUUAGAAUUGGAAAAAAGGAAACUACAAGAGUCAUUCAAUAAAGUGUUGAAUGAAAUAUCUACCAUUGAAGAACUAAAUGUCUUGAAAAAAUCUUUUUUACCUAUAAUACCGACAUUAACAGCAAUAAGAAAUAAUUCAAAUACACCAACCUUAAAAAGAAAAACUUCUCAGACAUCACCAACAAAUAAAAAAAUCAUACCACAACGCCGUUUAUACUCGACCAAGAAAACAAGGAAAGUAUUAGAAAAG